AUUGUUAUGAGUGGACAAAUAUCAACAGAAAACAUGCAUGUCUCCUUCUCCUUGGUAUCAAGGAUAAGUGGGCCCUCUUCUAUCUUCUAUCUUCUAUCUCUUUCUCUUGCACUCGAUUCUCUUUCCACUAUGAACACCCUAUUCUGAUGGAAACCCAGAAAAAAUGUCUUGCAAUUUUCUUUUAUCAUUAAAUACAUGUACAUUAACCACCACAAAAUCCAUAAACUCAUUUCCUCCUGGCGUUUUAUCUACUUCAUCGCGGUAUAUUACCUUGAACAAGAACAAAAGAGACUUUGUAUCAGCAAUAUCAGUGACUUCUCCUUCUGUUUCCUACCCAGAACCUCCCUUGAAUGUGGAAUACUUGGAGAGUGAAUUUGGCAACAAUGGAGUUUCAUUCACCAAGCUUGGAAGCAACAGCUAUGUAAUCAAGAUACUUUUGGAAAACGGAAGUGCAGCCAGUGUUUUAAUGCCAAGUGGUCUGAUCACAUCCUAUAAGCCUAAGAUGUGGCAUGGAAGCUCCAUUGAGGUUUUGCAUACCUCGGUCACGGAGAGAGGGAGUACUUAUGGUUAUGAUGGUGGUGUUCAUACCAUUCAAGGUGGUGUAUCUUUGGCAUUGGAUUGUGUUGGUGAGAAUGACUUUUCAUGGUCUCCUGUUAGUUGGCUUCUUACUGAUGUUAAAGGAAGCUCUGAAGAUUCCAUUCAGGUAGAAAUAAUAAGCAGAGAGAUGGGGAAAAUGGUAGAAGUGAAACACAACAUAACUCUGAAAGACGAUACCUUGAGUUCAGAGGUUAGUGUUUCAAACUCGAGAUCUUCAAAUCUCGAGUUAACAGGUUCUAUUCUAAGCCAUCUGAAUGUGAGCACACCAGAGGCCACUUAUGCAUAUGGAUUAGAGAGAUCAAAUUUUGUCAGCAAGCUACCCCUCAUUUCAGACUUCUCUAUUAUGCCUCCCAACUUACCAAAGAACAAAGAGACUAGUUCUAGUCAGUCAUGGCCUCUAUCGUCACUCAAGGGGCUGUUUACUGCGAAAAGGGAUGUCAAAGAAACAAACGAACAAACAGAAGGUGAAGAGGAAGACAAUUAUAAACAUUUAUAUGGAAAAAUGAGCAGGAUAUACACAAGUGCUCCUCGAAACUUCACAAUUAUAGACAGGGGUAAAAGAAAUUCAGUUAUUGUAGGAAGGAGAGGCUUUGAAGAGCUAUACCUGUAUAGUCCUGGAUCAAGUCAUGAAAACUACGGCAAGUAUGCUUACAUAUGUGUUGGACAAUCAGCUAUUCUCAAACCUGUAAGGUUAGGUCCUCAGCAAACGUGGACUGGAGAGCAGCAGUUACACAAUCCAAAUCUUUAAAUUUUUCUAGCUUAACACUUCCAUCUUGUAAAAACAAUCCAAUCAGCAACAUAUAAGAAUAUCAACUAAAUGAAUCUGUUUCUGAACUUGCUGUGUCCAUGUCAAUAUGUACUCAGAUACUUUGUUAGGUCUGCAUUUGACGCUCUCUCAAGGUUAUCUUCUCCCUCA